AUGCCAGAACCCACAACCUAUGGCUUUCCGAGAACUUCUUUCGAUCCUUCCACACUUCCUGAUUUCGAUACCGAAUUCAUUGACAAAGCUGAUAUCGAUGAAUUUGCAAAGGCCUUGAAUGCGCCAGAGACGUCGCCUGUGGUAGCACUGAAUGACUGGCGACCAGUGCACCAAAGAGUCAAGCGGAAAAGAGCUAGACCACGCAAAAAGCUUCGCAGAACUACAGACGAGACAAGAGAAGGCUUUGUUUACAGUAUACUCAAAUGGCCAUUACUGCUGGUGGUGUCCGGCUGGAUACUUUUCCUUACCUGCUCUUACCUCAUUACACGCCUUUAUAUUUACGGCUACGAGCGCAUGGUGACCUGGAGAGGUCAGCGGCAAAAGCUACGGCAUAACCUCCGAUCAAAGACCAAAUAUCAGGACUGGCGUAUCGCAGCUCAGGAACUUGAUGAUCAUCUGGGGAACGAGCAGUGGAAACAGACGGACGACUACGCAUACUAUGAUCACACUACAGUCAACAAGGUGAAGGAACAGCUCAAGGUAGGUAGAACCCUGGCAAAAUCCCAAGAACAGAUAAAAGGUAAGUUGUCCAGGGAAGCUGUCGACAAGCUAAGGAGUCUUGUCGAGGCUUGCGUCAAGAACAACUUCGUGGGCGUGGAGAAUUCGAGGCUCUAUAGCGAGACGUACUAUGGCACAAAAAGCCUGGCUCAGGAGUUCGUCGAUGAGUUGCAUUCUUCCCUGCAAUAUCUCCUUCAAUCAUCUCAGCUAAGUCAGUCUGAGAAAUAUUCGCUUGCAAAACAUCUCCACACAAACUUUGGCCGUACAGCCUUCUGUCUUUCCGGGGGAGCGUCGUUUGCAUGGUACCACUUCGGAGUGGCAAGGGCUCUUCUCGAUGCCUCGUUGCUGCCGGAUGUCAUAACAGGAACUUCAGGCGGAGCUUUAGUUGCAGCAUUACUCGCUACUCGGACAGAUCGCGAGUUGCAGUCGCUGCUAGUUCCCGCUCUAGCGUAUCAUAUCAAUGCUUGCGAAGACACUUUUCUCACCUGGGCUCCUCGUUGGUGGCGCACUGGUGCGAGAUUCGACUCUCUUGAGUGGGCUCGGCAUUGCAGUUGGUGGGCACGAGGUAGCACUACCUUCCGGGAAGCUUAUGAGCGUACUGGCCGCAUCCUGAACGUGUCCUGCGUUCCUUCAGACCCAUAUUCGCCUACCAUUCUUGCUAAUUAUCUCACGGCCCCGGACUGCGUUAUAUGGUCCGCUGUGCUCGCUUCUGCCGCGGUCCCAGGAAUCCUCAACCCUGUUGUUUUGAUGAUGAAGAAACCUAAUGGUACUUUGACACCCUAUUCCUUCGGCCACAAAUGGAAGGAUGGAAGUCUUCGCACUGACAUCCCUCUCAAAGCCCUAAAUCUUCAUUUUGGGGUCAAUUUUUCCGUAGUCUCUCAGGUCAACCCGCACAUAAACCUAUUUUUCUUCUCCUCUAGAGGGGCGGUCGGCCGACCAGUCACUCACCGGAGAGGGCGUGGCUGGCGAGGUGGUUAUCUUGGUAGCGCCGUAGAGACAUACCUCAAGCUGGAGCUCCAAAAAUUCAUCAAGAUUUCUAAACACCUUGAGCUUCUACCUCGGCCCCUGGGCCAGGAUUGGUCAGGGAUAUGGUUACAGCAAUUCAGUGGUACCAUCACUAUCUGGCCUAGAAGUCGAAUUAGUGACUUCUGGUACAUUCUAUCGGAUCCAACACCUGAGAGGCUGGCCAGGAUGCUUCUAGUAGGCCAGCAAUCUACUUUUCCGAAGCUUCUCUUCAUUGAAAAUCGUAUAAAAAUUGAAAGACUUAUUGAGGAAGGUCUCUUACUCGGAGGCUCUGGUAAGGCGAAUGGGGAAGGCAUGGUUUUAAGAGAUCGACAAAGUAUGCACAUGCAUGGUCAGGCGGUGAGAAGCUCAGCAGAACCGUCGACCGAGGGUGAAGAUGAGCGAUCACAUCGGGAAAAGGAAGACAGACGAGCCAGUGUGGUUGAAGAGCUGAAACGGCAGGGUAGCAUCUUUCAUGACGACUCUGAGAUUGACGGGGAAGAUACCGGCAUGAGCGAGGAUGAAACGGCGGUUGCGCUUGAAAAUGGACAUGACAAAGAGGAAUAA